AAUUUUGUAUUGUUUUACAAAACUGUGUUACUUAUUUCAUAGUGCAAAUUUCUAAAAUAAACCAAUAUUUUUAAGUUCCCGAAGUACCAAAGAAAGCUGUCCACAAAGAAAAAAUACCUCCCGCUCCACCUAAAGAAGAACCUUCACAGUUUACAGUACAUGAAGUGUAUGAGGAGAUGCACAUAGAAGAAGAAAUUUCUACAGUUCAUAGAAAAGAGGAGGCUCCAGCAUCUAGAGUGCCUACGGUCGUUAAGAAAACUCUUCCAGAAGAAGUGCCUAUUGCUGUGCCUAAAAAACCAGAGCCUACUCCUGUGCCUAAAAAACUGGAACCUACUCCUGUGCCUAAAAAACCAGAACCUACUCCUGUGCCUAAAAAACCGGAACCUACUCCUGUGUCUAAAAAACCAGAGCCUACUCCUGUGCCUAAAAAACCAGAACCUACUCCUGUGCCUAAAAAACCAGAACCUACUCCUGUGUCUAAAAAACCAGAGCCUACUCCUGUGCCUAAAAAACCGGAACCUACUCCUGUGUCUAAAAAACCAGAGCCUACUCCUGUGCCUAAAAAACCAGAGCCUACUCCUGUGCCUGAAAGACCAGAAUCUCCACCAUCUAAAGGUACUCUGAGAGCCUAGUAGAACUGAGGUCUUUUGCUGAUAAAUGCCUUUACUGUUUCUUACAUGGUUUCUGAUUUAAUAGUUCAUGGUCCACUUGUGUCAGAUUUCUGACAUUUAUGUUGUAUAUGUCCCUUUGUCUCUUUGUUAAUUUGUGUCUAAUUCAUAAAAUUAAAAUCAGUAAAUACCUUUCGAGUGUGUGAAUUGCACAAGGAAACUAUUACUGAAGAAAAACCUGUCCUGCCUAAAAAGGCAGAAGCUCCAUCUGCCAAACUCCUUUCUCUACAAGUUUCAUCUGUCCUUUGUAUUGCUGUUGUCAAAACAUUAAAAAUUAGUUGAGUUUAUCUAUUUCUUGUACCCAAAAAUAAUCUCAAAGUUGUAUCAGAAACUAGGCAAAAAGGGACUAGAAAUAAGGAAAACUCUGGCUCAGUUAACACGCAGGGAGAUUUACAGAACAAAUAUUUUCUUUUUGUGGUUACUACAAGCAGCCUCAGAAAUUCUAUCAAUACUCCAGCAAGAAGUAUAUGUACUUGCUCUUUCACACUGCUCAUGUUAAACUUAGGGGUCAAUGGGUUUAAUUUUGAAAUAGAAUUGGCACAGAAACCAGU